CAAAUCUACUCUAUGGUGAUGAUUCCCCGCGGAAAAUCCUAGAACUGAACUGGAGCUCAAGCUGGCAGUGGCACGUUGGAAAUCGUCUCUUUCCCCACUAGCAGACCUAUCGUGAAAAUGCUGCUGCGUGUCUCGUUUGGCGGAGUGCAGAUGUACAUCAAGCUGCCUGAACUAACAUUCGGUGAUUUCUUGAGAGAAGUGAGUCUAAAAUUUAACAUUGCUGAAGACAGACGGUUGGACAUCAAGGUUUAUGACCAGUCUAACACAGAGGUCGACUCUGAGGUUUUCCUAAUUUCAUUGGCCAAUGAAGCACCUGGUAACCCUCAGUCCACGUCAUCUCCAUGCUCUAUUGCAUCUGAAGACACAGUGAUCCUCAACUUCUCGUUGUGUGACCCAGCUGAGGAGCCAGUUGCAGCCGAAGGAAGUCAACCUAAAAGGCCUUGCCGCAUUAACUAUGAAGCAAAAGCUCUGAUUGAAAAAAUCUUGACGACAAAGCCUGGAGGUGACCGUGUCAUGGAGGAGUAUGCGAAAACAAAAUCAAUUACAGAUUCAACCAGAAGACAGCUCAUCAACAUACUUACUGCAGAGAUGAUGGAAACACAUGGGACAUCUCCGCCCCAGAGUGUAAAAGUGAUGUAUGCACAGGGGAUUGUCGCUCUGUUUCCAUACCUUAAAGACCCAUAUUCACAGAAUGGCUAUGAACAUUACUACGAUCCUGAAAGUGGUUCAGGCUACAUUGCAUGGUGGUUGAAGACAAUUCAACGAAAAGCUGCUGAGGAAAGAGGUCCUGCAGUUAGUAAAUCUCCUAAAGUUGGUGGGCCAGGCCAUGGGCGUACUAGACCCUUUACUGCCGACAGAGUCCUGACUGACAAGGAAGUGGAAUGCGCUAUCGCUUUGUUGAGACACACUGCUGAUGAGGAGACCAUCCGUGAAAAGAUGAAAGUAACUUUUCGAUACCGCCACACCAUGGUCAAUGAUGAGAACAAAUCAGCAGAGGUCUUCUCAGUAUUUCCACGGUUCCUAGACACACCAGGACUGAUAGAACAAGAUUUUAGAGUGAUGUUUGGUGAGCAGACUGCCAACAAGUUCCUGGAGAGGUGGCCUACCACUUUCAAAGCAGGAGUCAUUAAGGAAAGCCAUGGACUGGUCCCCUCCACAGACCUUCUUGAUUUAAUGCGCAAUGCUGAGACAUCUACUGAAGUUGAAAAAGACGGGAACAAGCGUGCAGCAGCAUCUUGACAACAUCGCUCAAAGCAGUCAGCCCUACCUCCUUGCUCAGGGACCCACAAAAAGCAGCAUUCACUCUUUCUUCAUUGCCAUCGACAAGCAUGCACUUCCAUGCCAAGCCACCAGCUCGGUUGGAACCCUGGAUGAGCUCUUCAAGGCCCACUAUGUGUUUGGUACAUCUUACAGUCCUGUCUUGAACAACUUUUUCACUUUUCUGCAAACUUCCAUUUACAACAUUGACAUGGGGAAAACUAAGGAAACACCAAGAAUUGCAGAGUUGCGAGCGAGAAUAAUCUAGUAAAGCACCUCAAAGUAAUACAUGGACUCUGUACGGGAAGGACUCUUUAUCUUCAAUGUGGCCAAGUGGGAUGCUCACGUUUUUUCAAUAGUUUUUCUGGUCUUAGGAAGCAUCUGAAUAAGUGUCAUGUGAAUAGUGCAUGUGAUGUUAUUGUUGAAACUGAACCACCACAUUGUCAAACUGUUCUUGAUAGUACUAAUGCAAAUCCCGCAGAAGAGACAUAUGAGGCUGAGGUUGAGUCAGAGCCAGCAUUAUCGUCAGAACACCUUGUAAAUAGUUGUGCCUCUGUCAUUUCAGAUCUAAAGGCAGCAGGUGUAGCCCAGUCUGUUGUUAAUUCUUUUGUGACCUCUAUGGAGGAUAUUGUGCAGGAAAUUCAUGAGCAUGCAAAAGAGUCAGUCAUCCAGGGUGUAUUUCGUGAUCAAAGAGACACUGAAACAUGCAAGAAUGUGGAGGGAUGUUUUAACCAAUUAGAGAAUCCAUUCACAGCUCUAAAUUCAGAUUACAAACAAUCAAAAUGUAUUACCAGUAAGUGGGAAACUGUGGAGCCAGUGGAGCUUGUAAUUGGCUCAAGAUUUGACUCGAUUUUGUUGCUUUUCAAGUUGAUGAUCUGCCUUAUCCAAGGCCUUUUGACAUACAAGUGUCAUGUGGAGAGAAUGACACCACUAUGUAUGUUGUCCCAUAUUGUUAUCUCUGAGGAGUUAUCAGGAAAUAAAUGGUGCUACAGUA